AUGUGGCUUCUAAUCACUGUUCUCUCCUCUCUCGUUCUCUGUUCGGCUGUGGAGGAAAUUGCUCUUGAGGAGGGGAUACCUUGUUCAAAGUACCAGGUGGCUUUCAACCUUUCGUGCUAUGAGUUUGUGAGACUCCAGCGCACUUUCACGAGCGCCCAGAGCUGGUGCGAGAGAGGAGGGGGGCACCUCGUUUUUAUUGAAAAUGAGAAAACUCAACAGUUCUUGCAGAAACAUAUCUCCGAGGACAGGGAGUGGUGGAUAGGACUGACCUCAAGUUCCCUUCUGAAUGAAACUACAGAAGGAUCAUUGAUUUGGUUGGACACUUCAAAUAUAAGCUACAGCAACUGGCAUGAAGAUCAGCCAUCUCUCUUAGCCAAUUGUGGGUACAUCCUGAAGAACGCUGGCUAUGAAUGGGGCAUGACGGAAAACUGCAGUCAGGAGUUUGACUUCAUUUGUGAAUUUGAAUCUGGCCAGAGCCUUGCUUGUGAUAACUUCAAUGCCACCAUGCAAUGUGGAUCAGGAGAAGUCAUUCAGAUUGGUGACAGUUUCUAUGGGCGGAAGACCCCUCACUACUGUGUAUUGGAGACUCCCCUCCAGCUUGACACAGAGGAGGAUUGCAGCUGGACCAGUGUCAAGGAUGAAGUAGUAGGGCAGUGUCACGGACUCCAGGCGUGCCAGGUGGCAUCAGAUGGGACCUUCUUUGGAGAUCCUUGUCCUACAUUGGGGAGCUACUUGUCUGUUCAAUAUCACUGCAUGGAAGGUUUGCAACUGGCCGUGACUGAUACGUGCUUUAUCUUUGAAAAUAUUACAGUUUCUCUGAAAUGGCUACUCUCUCCCUAUUCUGGCAACCUCUCCUGUAUCAUUAGCACUGGAGACGGACACACUAUUGAUCCCUAUUAUCCUCUAACCUUGUCCAGCAAUGUGACACACCGGUAUACCUCCCCUGGAGAGUUUACUGUCUUCGUGGAAUGCACAACCAGUGAAUGGCACGUUACAGCACAAAAACUGGUGACUGUUCAGGAUAAGAUGGAUCAGCUCAGCAUUACUGGGUGCUACAGCAAGUAUGAAUCAGGAAACAGUUCUCACUGCAGGACCCUGUAUGGGGAGAUGUUAUGGAUCCAAGUUGAACUUAAUGGAGGUACUGGAGUGACCUACACUGUAACAGCUGACAAUACAACUCUGAUUGAAUCCAGCGCAAAGGAAGGAAUUGUCCCUCACAAUCUGACGCUUGAUGGUACCUCUCAGCAGCUGAUUGGCCCAGGGGUGCAUCAACUGGAAAUCCUGGCAACCAGCAACACAACAACAUCUGAGAUUUCUGAAAGCAUUGCUGUUCAUUUAGUUGAACCUAUAUCUGGUCUUCAGGCUGCAUUAGCCUCCCACACACUGGAAAUGGGAAAAGACCUGGAGAUAAAUGUCUCCGUGGCUCAUGGUGCACCAGAUAAGCUGAAGUUUGAGGUGGUCGGGUCUAAUGAAACUUACUCUCACCAGAAAGACAGCCCUAAAGGAGAAUCUAGAAUAUACAGGAUUCCUGUUCAUACUGAAGGUACAUUUGUGGUCAAGGUGCGAGCUAUGAAUGCCUUCUCGAACAUGAGUCUGGAGAUUGGGAGCAUCACCGUAUUGGCCAACAAUUCUCUUAAAGAAGACUCGUCUCAGAACAAAGGCAAAUCCAAAGCAAACAUCCGAAAGACAAAUGAUGACAAAAGGAAAAAUAAAAUAUACAUUAAACCUAGUCGCCAUGUGGAUCCGUUCACAACAGUUACCCUUGACUGGCCAGAUGACAAUAAUAAUUCUACCUUCACCUGGGCGUGUGGGGCUUGCUGGCCUGGGUGGCAGGAAUGUGUGCAGCAUCAAGUAAUCCCCACUGACCAGAGCAUGGCACAGAUCCCGCCUGCCUGCCUGCCCCCGCCAAACUCAGCGGUGACCCUGCAAGUGAUAGUCAGAAGCCAUGGAAAAGAAGAGAAGCAGGACGAGCAAUGUCUGUACGUGACUGCCAGACAAGAACUGCGCCCAGAAAUCAGGUGUGAGAAAAACUGCAAGCUAGUGAAUGUCACUGCAGAAGUUGCUUUGAGAGCCACCAUGCAGGAAGGCUCCCACGCCGUACAAUAUAACUGGUAUUUAGAUAACACAUUCCAGUCAAAGCCUCCCUCCCUCUCUUCAGUCUGCAGUCUGAAGGGUUUCCGACAGAGCUCCUUGACUUUGCUUCAGAGCAACAGAUCUACAUUGGUAUUGAACAGCUCCUUUCUGCAGGCACACGGAGAAGCAUUUCGGAUUAAAGUAACAGCAAUGACUCAGAAUAAAUAUGGCGACGAAACUUACAUUGUCAGCAUGGUGCCCUCACCAAUGGUCCCAGUCUGUGCUAUAUCCCCCAAGGAGGGAUCGGUGCUCACCAGCUUCACAAUCUCCUGCAGUACUGCCUGCUCGGAGGACUCCUGCCCCCCUGCACACAGCAGUCUGCUCACGUACUGCUUCUACCUGAAAUCAGGCUCUCUCCUGAACUGUGGCCCACAUCCUGAACUCCUAUCGGUAUAUCUUCCCCUUGGAGAAGAGGAAAAUAACUUUGUUUUACAUGUUACAAUUACUGUCAGCAAUAACUUUGGUGACAUGGUUCAGACUGAUGCUACUGUCAAGGUUCGACGUGAAGAUAUGAACACUGGGAACCAGACCCUGCAGGCCACUCUAGCUGAGAAAGCAAAUGCCAUCCUAAAAGAAGGAAACAACAGCAUGUCCCUGUUCCAGCUGUAUAAGUCAAUGUCUUCAGUCCUUAAUCAGGAGAGCCAGGGAGAGACCUUUAAUACAUCUCUGCAGACCGACACCCGAAGGGAGCUGAGAGAGCUGAUGCUGACAACUCUGGCUGCUGUUAAUGUAACAUCAAUACAGACUGCUCUUAAGAUGUCAGAGGUACUGAAAGAAACCACUUACAGGAGCGAAGAGCUCUCUUCCUCAGCACAGGUUGUUCACCUCACUAGUAACCUGUUUUUCAUGAAGACUUCCAAGGGUUUCCAGGACGGGCACAUCUGGUAUUCGAUUUUCAACCGCUCCCCAAGAAGCACCUUCACGCGAGCCCAGAGAGUGUCGUGCUGCUUCUCCCUGCUGCUCUGCACCAUGCUGACCAGCAUCAUGUUCUGGGGGGUGCCGAAGGACCCAGCUGAGCAGAAAAUGGACUUAGGUAAGAUCGAGUUCACGUGGCAGGAGGUGAUGAUCGGCUUCGAGAGCUCCCUCCUCAUGUUCCCCAUCAACCUGUUCAUCGUGCAGAUCUUCAGAAACAUCCGACCCCGGGUGACCAAGGAGCAGGAGAAGAAACCAGGGAAAAGUGGCCGAGUGUCUCCAAACCUGCCCCCUCCCCCUCAGGCAAUCCAGAGCAUCACGCUCACCCCUGAGGCUGUGAUAAAGGAUAUUAGGAGAAUUGCCAAUUCACUGUUUAAAACCCUGAAGACUCCGCUACCCUCCUCAGAAACAGACCUUGGAAAAUCUACUGACAUCAACACACUAUUGGCUUUGGUUGAGGACAUCAUCUGCCAGCAGAACAGAGCUGGGCAAGAGUUUUAUGAUGAGAGUAAAAAGAAGGAUGAUCCUAUUAUCAUCACACUAGGGUCUGUAGAUAUACAAGAAAAAACAAGAAGCCCAACUCCAGAGAAAGGAAUGGGUGAAAGGCUGAAACACAACGACUACAACCGCUACUUGUACAUGCAACUCCAGCACGUAGAGAUGGAGUUGGAAUUACUGGGACCUCACAAAUUCCAGAAGGCUCAGAGUUACGUCCAAGCUGUUAGGCAGGUCCAGCACAUGAAAGGCCUCCUGGCAAGCCACCUCUGCUCUUCAGGAUCUAUCAGUGAGAGGUGCUCCCCUACUCCAAGUUUCUCUGGGGAUGGCAAGAAAGGUUCCUCUUUCAAAGGCUUGCCCUGGUGGUUUGUUUUCAUUGGCUGGUUCCUCAUAGCUGCCACCAGUGGCGUGUCCGGAUUCUUCACCAUGCUUUACGGGCUACAUUAUGGCAAAGAUAACUCCAUCAAGUGGCUGAUUUCCAUGGCCAUCUCCUUCUUUGAAAGUCUCUUCAUCACACAGCCCUUAAAAGUGUUGGGAUUUGCUGCUUUCUUCGCUUUGGUUCUGAAGAAGGUGGAGCAUGAAGACGAGGAAGACACUGCUGUUGAUGGGCCUCUGUCUGCACCAGGCGACUCAAACCCUCUAUUUGGAGCUCGAAGGGAUAGCAGAAGCAACAUCUACCAGCCACCCCCUGCCACAGACAUUCAGAGAAUGAAGAACAAUCACGUCAAGGAGCAGAAAGCAUUUGCCUUAAUCAGAGAAAUACUGGCCUACUUGGGAUUUUUAUGGAUGCUACUGUUGGUUGCCUAUGGACAAAGAGAUCCCAAUUCCUACUACCUGAACAAGCAUAUUGAAAGCAGCUUUACGGAUGGGUUUCGGGAUAUCUACUCUUAUCAGGACUUCUUCACAUGGGCAAGAACUACCUUAGUCAACAAGUUAUAUGGCUCAUAUCAAGGCUUCGUUACAGAUGGCAACUCCAAGUUGGUAGGCAGUGCCCGAAUUCGUCAAGUGAGAGUGAAGGGGAACACCUGCCCGAUAGCUCCCAAACUGCAAGGCUCGGUCCAAGAAUGCCAUGCUACGUAUUCUCCCCAAGCAGAAGACACGUCAGACUAUGGGGAACACUGGAAUAUCUCAGCCUUCGAUAACUCCUCAGACUUGAGUUCUGCAUGGCACUAUCAGAGCCAAUCCAAACUUAGAGGGCAUCCAGUGUGGGGCAAACUUGCCAUCUAUAGGGGAGGAGGCUAUGUGGUUCACUUAGGCACUGAUCCAAAGAAUGCAACCAGAAUUCUCCAAUAUCUCUUCAACAAUGUCUGGCUGGACACCUUUACAAGAGCAGUGUUUGUUGAAUUUACAGUCUACAAUGCCAAUGUGAACCUGUUUUGUAUUAUAAGCCUGAUGUUUGAAACAAACGCAUUAGGGGCCUUCUUCACGCAUGCAGAACUGCAGAGCAUCCGGCUCUACCCCUACACAGAUGGUCUGCACAUCUUUGUUGUUGCAGCAGAAGUGAUUUAUUUCCUAUUUGUCAUCUACUAUAUGGUAGCACAGGGAAAGCUCAUGAGGGCUUUGAAAUGGAGGUAUUUCCACAGCAAGUGGAACCUGCUAGAGCUGGCCAUUAUACUGAUUAGCUGGAGCACCCUAUCAGUAUUUGUGAAGAGGACAAUCCUGGGGGCACGCGAUAUCAGCUACUACCAGCAUCACAAGGAUGAGUGUGUAAGUUUCAAUGAAACAGCAACAGCUGAUGCAGCUCUUGGCUACCUAAUUGCUUUCCUGGUGCUUCUCGCUACUGUGAAAUUGUGGCAUCUCCUGAGGCUCAACCCUAAACUAAACAUGAUCACCUCCACCUUGAGGAGGGCUUGGGGUGACAUCUCUGGAUUCAUCACUGUUAUUUUAAUCAUGUUCCUUGCCUAUUCCAUUGCUACAAAUUUGAUAUUUGGCUGGAAGCUGCACUCUUACAAAACCCUGUUUGAUUCAGCGGAGACAAUGGUCAGCCUUCAGCUGGGAAUCUUCAACUAUGAGGAGGUCUUGGACUAUAAUCCAAUUUUGGGCUCCUUCUUAAUUGGAUCCUGUAUCAUUUUCAUGACAUUUGUGGUGCUCAAUCUGUUCAUUUCAGUGAUUCUGGUUGCUUUUAGUGAGGAACAGAAACAUUAUCAGAACCAGAUUUUCUAA